CUCGUAUUCAUCAAUGCCAACGGCCUUGGGUGUGAGCCUGUUGCAGAUCCCCAGAGCCUCUCUGAAGCUGCUUUUUCUGGAUGUUGGUGGAUACGGUCGCUACUGUUGGACUGGUCAGUGGUAAUACAGGCCCUUGGGUCGUUUCAGCGCAGUUCAAGCUGGGCUGUGAUUGAUUUGAAUGCCAGAGCUGGCCGAGACCUCUCCUUCUCUCCUCUUCCAGCCCUCGUUCGUUUUGUCGCAACCUACCGAAUGGCGCUUGUUCCUGUCGUGGGUGGCUUUCUUUCUACAUACACCAUCGUCAUUGCCAUCUCUCAACGACACGCGCUACCACGCAACGUAAUCAGUGUUCCACCCUGCCGACUGCCGACCUCGAUUCUCUUAUUGUUGACUUUUGUGCUUUGGGAACGCAGAGUGACCUUGGCCCGGCAGUCUUGGACUUUUCAUCUUGCUCUUGACCUUCAUCGAAGCAAAGGAGGCAGGAGGCAACAAAACCAUCGUGGCCUCCAUCUCCCUUCCAUUUUCAGUUGAAUAACUGCAGUCACGCCACCCCCCGUGCCAGUGACGGUUUCUCCAACCCGCCUGAUAUUGCCCCUCAAAGGAAAGAGCCGGGGAUUCUGUGGGGCUCUCAAAAAAGCAACAAGAGGUGAAGGCGCAACCUGCUAUCUUGCUGAUACUGUGACCUAUUUGCUUUGGUUGUUUCUGCUGCCCAGGCUUGAAGUUGCUCAGCAGAAGGUCUCGCCGUCAUCAUGGCUCCCUGGCCCAACGAAGUGGGCUCUUCUGCCUUUCUGCGUCCACGCGACCCCGCAACGGCUUCGAAUCAAGCUCGAUCACCAGCGCAUGCUCGUCAGCAUCUUCAGCCCGGGUCUACAAGCGGUCAUGGUAGCAGUAACCGCGAAAGGAGCCGAUAUCGAAGCGCUUCUCGAGUGCCCGAGUUAGAGGCCUGGGAGAACCUGCAGCAGUGCCAAAUCGAGUCCAGCUCGUCCGAUGAAGACUUACACCCUUCGCGCAACGCACAAAGACCCCGUCAUACACGCUCCAUGAGCCAUCCAUUCCCGUCACUCUUUUCAAUCAAGAAGAAGAAAUCGGGCCCCAUGACCCGCCCCGAACACGAGUCCGAUUCUGAGUCCGGUCUCGACGCCGGACCUCUGCCGAAGUUUCGAGGAAGACCCCCACCGAGCCGUGGUCACCGCAACGGCUCUUCGGGUGGCAGCAGGGAUUACUCGACGGGCAAUUGCAUGACGUGCGGGUCGCUUGUACGAUGGCCGAGGGACCUACAUGUAUUCAAGUGCACCAUCUGCCUCACUAUCAAUGACUUGCAGCCGCUACCAAGGGACCGAGAUCGUGGCCAUGAUCAUAACCGGGAAAAUAGACGGGAUCAUUCACGGGGCGCGGGCGCCUCACCUGACCGGCGGCCAACAUUGUCGUCUGACGGUACUAUUUCUCUCGAACACACACAGUCGUUGAUUUCUCAGUGUCUGUACGCGUUCUUGGCAACUGCCCUGAGAAACCCACAGCCCGAGGCUCUCAGUCCACCUCGCGAGCCAUCCACAAAUCCGUUCUUCAACAAUUCAACUGAAGGAAACUUCAACUCGGGCAACUUCUCGGAGCCCUAUCUCAUGGUGCGGCCACCAAGCUCUGGGAGCCCUAGUCGUAGGGCCCAGCCGAUACCCAGCAGGUCCCGCGAUCCUAGUCAGCACCGCCGACAGCCUAGUUGGUCCAACACUGUCCCCAAUACCAUAUCCGCUUCAUACCCUGAGAAACGACCUGCUCUCCAGGAGGUUUUCCCACAGCAACCAUCUCAUCAGUAUACACCUCAACCCCCAAGUCCAGGUGGUGAAGCCAGGAGAAUAUUUCGCCCACUUGAAGACUACAUUGUCUCUUGCUUUACUUCGUUUCACUGUUUGAACUCGUCAUUCACAUCGUACCGAGGCCAUCGGCAUCGCCCUACAGUAGAGGAUGUACGGAAACAUUCAGUCGACCACAUCGAACACCGCAGGGGAUCGCAGCCAACUAUCAACCCCCAGCCCAUCGUUGACUUGGAUGCGAAGCUAUUACUCUUGGGCAACUUUGCGGAGAACGGUUCUUGGUGGACAGGUGGGCAGGAGGAUGUUGUCCCUGGAAGGUCGAGCUCUAAUAAAAGCCAAAACGGACAGUUCAUAGUCAGCUCGCGGAGUCCUCGCUUGGAAUGGGCGGAUUUAGAAGAGUGGUAUUCGGCUGUCACGGAGGCUGCUCGUUCAUGGCCGGAGGUGUAUUCGAGCUUGGUAGAAGAAGACCCAGACCUGGCUGCUCCACAUGCCACGCUCAUGGAGCUCGAGACCGAGAUUCUCAUUGGACAGGAGCACGCCCAACGGACUCUUCUCAAAGCCUGCGAGACGAUGCUCAAAAGACCAGGAAGGCCCAUUGUUAGCCCCGAUGACCUGCGGUUCAUCAUGAUCAUUGCUGGAAAUCCCUUGCUGCACGGAGACUAUAAGCCCUACUCUGGGGAGUUUGAGCACCCUGGCAGCGCAGGUUCGACACAGAGCAACGACCCACUGCGAGGUUCUAGUCCCACCUCUGGGAGACAUUCGGGUAUUAUCAAACGGAUUGUGGGGCUGGUGUCGAAUACUAAUCCGGACUGCCAAAACCAUUUAGUUGGGUGGUUUGCAAGAUACCCGAAAAAGAUGUUUGUGCAAACCAAGGACUUGGUGUCGAGCUUCUUGGCAUAUAGGCUCAUUAGGCAAAAUGAGAAGAAGUAUGAGACCAAGGUUGACAUCACGGAUGGGUUGAUUCCUAGCAUGGGGGCUGGGAGGUCAGCGGCGAGUUUGCACGCUGCGCUUGGGCAUGGAAGAGAGAGCGGUGGGGGGGCUAAUGGGGGCCAGAAUAAUAACAAUAACAGGGGGAAGAAGAAGGAAAAGCCAAAGAGGGUGGUCUAUCAAGAUGAUUGGCAGAUCAAGGCUGCGGCGAGGGUGUUGGGGUUGCUCUUUGCGGCGAACAAUAUGGAUUAUGCGAGAAGGGGUGGAAACAUGUACGACGGUAACAGCGUCAACAAUAACAACGGUGGUGAUGGGGUGUAUGCCAGGGGACAGAUUGUCCCCACAAGCGACUUUUACACGACGCUGCUAGACGACUCGGAUCUGGUGGGCGAUUUUGAGGCGUGGGAGAAGAAGCAGGCGAGGUUCGCUUUUUGUCAGUAUCCGUUUUUGUUGAGCAUUGGGGCCAAGAUUCAGAUUUUGGAGCAUGAUGCUAGACGGCAGAUGGAGAGUCGGGCAAGGGAUGCGUUUUUUGAUAGCAUUCUCAGCCACAGGGUGGUGAGGCAGUUUUUGACACUGAAUAUUCGGCGGGAUUGCCUUGUGGAGGACAGUCUGAAGGCUGUGAGUGAGGUUAUUGGGGGCGGUGGGGAGGAUAUCAAGAAGGGGUUGAAGAUUGUUUUCAAGGGGGAGGAAGGGGUUGAUGCCGGUGGGUUGAGAAAGGAGUGGUUCCUGUUGUUGGUGAGAGAAGUGUUUGGGAGGGAUCAUGGGAUGUUUCUCUAUGAUGAGGAUUCGGGCUAUUGCUAUUUUAACCCGAACUCGCUGGAGCCAUCGGAGCAAUUCUUUUUGGUGGGAGUGGUGCUGGGGCUUGCGAUUUACAACUCGACCAUUUUGGAUGUUGCGCUUCCGCCGUUUGCGUUUCGAAAGUUGUUGAUGGCUGCUCCGCCGCCGCCGCUGGCUGGGCAGGUGGCUCAUCAGCAGAGGCAGACGAUGAAUUAUACGCUGGAAGAUUUGGCUGAGUUUAGGCCUAGACUGGCGAGGGGGCUGAGGCAGUUGUUGGAGUAUAGCGAUGAUGACCUCGAGGAGGUUUUCUGCCUGGACUUUGUGGUGGAUGUGGAAAAGUAUGGGGUCGUGGAGCGGGUGCCGCUCUGUCCCGGGGGUGAGAGAAGGCCGGUGACGAAUACGAACAGGAGGGAGUAUGUCGAGUUGUAUGUCAGGUAUCUUCUUGACGGGUCGGUAACGAGGCAGUUUGAGCCGUUCAAGCGGGGAUUUUUCACGGUUUGCGGAGGUAAUGCGUUGAGUUUGUUUAGGCCGGAGGAGAUUGAGUUGUUGGUGAGGGGGUCGGAUGAGGCGCUGGAUAUUGACUCUUUGAGGGCGGUGGCGCAGUAUGAAGGGUGGGGGAAGGAGGUUGCGGAUCCGGGGGAGGACGAGCCGGUGGUAAGGUGGUUUUGGAGCUCGUUUGAACGGGCGAGCCCCAAGGAUCAGAGGAAAUUGUUGAGUUUUAUUACGGGGAGUGAUAGGAUACCUGCCACGGGAGCGGCGUCGCUGGUGGUGAAGAUUUCGUGUUUGGGGGAUGAUAUUGGGCGGUAUCCGACUGCGAGGACGUGCUUUAAUGCGCUGGGGCUGUGGAAGUAUGGGACUAGGGAGAGGUUGGAGGGGAUGCUUUGGGGGGCGGUGAAUGGGAGUGAGGGGUUUGGGUUGAAGUGAAGCAGUUGGUUUUAGCAACAAGAAGGGGUGGUUUGUUUUGAAGUUUUUUUGGAUUGUUGGAGCUCAGGGGUUAUGGGGUUGUCGUUUUGGGGGUUAUACCUAAUGUUUGCGCUCGGUGCCAUCACGCUGGGUAUUAUCAGGAAGAGCAUUGAGAUAUAGAUACAGCACUCGCCUUGGUUUGUUUUCAGAAGAGGCGAAAAAGAGUUGAAUUAGAGAUAUCUUAGAUCGAAAAACAAAGGCUGAAAUAUGUCUUGAAUUCUGCAUGUCUAUGUUCUCCUUUGCCCUUGCAUGAAGAUAUGUCCGGGUAGAUGAACUAAAGCCCAAGCGCCUCAGGCUGCAGGUCUUGUAACAUUUGGACUCGAUCUGGAUUAGGGGAGGACAAGACACUUUUUGUUAUGCAGGUUGUCAGCACAUAGGCAGAACUGCCUGUAGCUGAUCUGAGUAUUUGUAGGUCUCUUGUAGUGGAGGGGCAGCUGAGAUGGUUACUGGUGAGGAGUCGAGGUCUAGAGGGGCUAUUUUUACAUUGCUAGCACACCAUCAAGCAAUACUGAGCUGAUGAAGAAGAGGCUGCAAUAGGUAGAGAUGAUUGAGUAGUCAGGAACGAAAACACUCAGCGAGGUUCAUCCAUGAUUGAGGAGGAAAAUGUAGGAGAUCAGAUGAGCAAAAUCCCGAGAGACGAU